AUGCUCAUCACUGAUACUAUCUCUGUCGGGCACGAUGCCAGACCAAAAAUAGUGAUUGAUGAACAAAAAUGGUAUCCCUUAAUCAUACGUCAUUACAUUAAAAAGCCGGAACCCGAAAGGAUAAACAUAUUUAAACGAUGGUACAGAAAACGGCGGGCAGAACACAAAGAAAAAGAAGCUAAGCGGAAAGAAGAACAGAAACAUCUAGAAGAAAGAGAAAGCUUAGAAAGAGAACGUUGCAUAAGAGAGAUACGCCGACUGCACUCGUAUUAUCAAUCCCUAUGCAAUAGGACACACUCUUUACCAGAAUUCAGCAAAAACACGAAGAAGAUUAAUAAAGCCAAACCUUUAAGUAAACCUAACCCGUCAAGUGAAUCGAAACCUUUAAGAAAAGCUAAAUCUUCAAGUAAAGCUAAAUCUUCAAGUAAAGCUAAACCUUCAAGUAAAGCUAAACCUUCAAGUAAAUCUGAACCUUCAAGUAAAGCAAAAUCUUCUAGUAAAGCUGUACCUCCUAGUAAAGCUGUACCUCCUAGUAAAGCUGAAACUUCAAGAAAAGUUAAACGGAAAUCGCGCUCUGUAUAUGCAAACACAUAG